UAUGUUCUUAAUAAAGGUGUGAUUAUAUGAAUCACAGUAGCAAAAUGUUCUUGCACAUACCCCACUCCCUGACUUAAGCCUCCAAGGGAAGCUGUACAUCAUUCCAGAUGACGGUUUUACCUUAUACACGGGUCAGCAUAUAGGCCCCCGUGUUACAGAGUAGUAGCUACUGAGCUAGGAUCCAAAAGUGUCCUUUAAUGAAGUUACUUGUGGCUCUUUAUUGGACAAAAAUAAAUUCCAACUGGCCCAUAUAACAAAUGAAACUCAACUACAAAAAUGUAAUGAUAUUUAUUCACACAGCUGCCAGCAAACUCACAUGCACUAUGAGUCAUUCCAGAUGUGGAUAAAAACAAAGUCUGUCUGUGAAAGUAAGUUUCCUGAUCCCGAGGAGACUUGGUUUGGGAGUGGAGCUGCACGCUGACUUCAGCUGUACUCAGAAGAACAGACAGGUUCUCCUUCAAAGGGGGAGGGGGAGAGGAAAAGCCAUUUUUUUAUUCCUGAAAAGAAAGGAACUAGGAAAUUAAAAAGCUACUAUACAGCUAGACAUACGUAUUUUAAAGAGAAGGAUGCUUUGGAAGACUUUACUGCUGCUGCUGUUCUAUUACAGUGCUCAUGCCACUGUGACCCACAAAUGGAAUAGAGCUAUGCUUUUCCCAGCUGCUCAGCGAUUCAAGAGGUCCUCAGCUGCCUUCCUUAACCCAGUGCUACAAAACUCGCUGGAAGAUGUGGUCCUGCUUUAUGAGUUUCUUUUAGCUGAGCUUGACAUUGACAAAACUCAGAGGAUCUCCAUCAAAGAUGAGGAGCUUGCUUCACUGAGGAAGGCUGCUAAGUUUGACACCAUCUGCAAUGAGAUUAUCCCCAAGAGCAUCACAGAGAUCCGCAGGCUGAGUAGCAUGCUGUCUUCCUACCCAAGGGCCCUCAAGAAAGAAGACUUUGAAAGGACAGUGUUGACCAUGGUCUACACAGCCUACAGGGCUGCUCAGUCCCAGGGGCACCAGAAAGACGCUUGGGCUGAAUCCUUUGUCAAUCUUUACAAAGCCCUGAAGCACGACUUGAUGUUUCCAUACAACAAAGAGCCAUCAUAGUGGGAGACUUGAUGCAAUGGUAACUCAGCCACCUCUUGUGGUUGAUAAGGGACACAUAUAGCACGUCCACCACUUUAUUCUGUAAAGAGUUUAAUAGUCUGCUUCAAGAAAGAUUAUUUGUUUUCUAGCUCCCUCUUGUGGAAUCCAGUUUCCAGUUCCAUGUUAAAUGGAGAAAAAAGUUAUUUUCAGUCCUGGGAAUUCGAUUUUCAUGCUAGCUUGGGAGGCACAUUCUAUGACAGGCAAAGAAGGAAGUCCGGUGUACACCCUAGACAGACAUGCCCUUGUUUCAUCCUGUAGGUUUCCUAUAAGCAAUACAUAAGUAUACUAUGUUUAUGCUUACAUACCUAUGUGUAUGAGCUGGAGAAUGCUGAUUUCCUAGCUAGGGAAAAAAGUUCAUAUUUUGGCUGGCCAGAAAAAGAAUAUUACAAAAACAUGCAAAGGCCCUCUGAAAAAGGAAAAGGUUUCAUAACUGUCAGUCUAAGAAAUUAUGCCACAUACUAUUCAUUACAAAUAUUCUAGUAAAUAAGCACUGUCUGAUUCACUUCAUUUAGCUUAGCCAGUUUUUAAUUGCAAUAACAUUUGCAGAAGACAAAGGGCAUUGUGAAUACCAGCAGCAAACAAUGCCUGUGAACAUACUCUCUGCUUCCUAAAGCUGCCCUCCCAAACAGUCUGCAAUGAUUCUUUUAUUAUUUGCACAUGACUUUGCUUCUGCUCCUUGUUUUUUGAAGGGAACACGUCCGCAGCAGAGUCAAAGGCCCUGUUUAAUUUAAUGAUGACAUAUUUUUCCUGGUUCUAUCACUUGAACAUAGGCCAUCUAAACCCAUGCUUCAGAACCCUCCUGAGGCAAGGGAGGAAGGUGCAUUAAAACACGGUGCUGAAUUUAGCAGUGUGGCUCAUUUUUGGUGAUAAAUUAUAUAUUUACUUGUGCGUGUGUGUAUGUAUGUGUGUAUAUGUUCAUGCAUAGCUGUGCAUGUAAGUUCUGAGUACAUGGAGAAUUCUAAAUUGUUCAGUCAGGGAACAAUUUUGCCCAAUCACUUAACAGAAAAGGACAUUCAUCAAUCCAGCGAUGAGAACUAUAAAUUUGGGAGCAGUGGAGAAACAGUACUUGUUUACAGCAAAAACUGUUUGUAGAAAUAGUGCAACUGAUUAUUAUGAAUUACAAAAAAACAUGGACAGAAAAUGGACAGAAAAAGAAGAUAAAUCUUGUCAGACAGAUGACUGGCAUUGAAAAAUGCAAACUCUUCUAGAGCAAAUCUGCUACAUUUUAUAAACAAGUUACACAGACUCUGUUUCUCUGUUGGCAUUAGAGGCUCUUCUACUUCCAGAGCAUGGGAAAACAGCUGAACAUUUAUUUCAUCCUUUCAUACCUGCACUCCCUAUUUUUCGAUCUGCGUAAUAUUUUAAGGAUAAAAUCACAAA